AUGGCUUCAAAACCACUGACAUUAGAAAACAUUAGCAAACUUAGAGAGGAUUUCUACAAGUGUCCCAAAAAUGAGCUUGCACAGAAUGUUUGUACUCGGUUUGAUCCCUUCGAAGUUGCAAUUAGUAGAAAGAAAACAGAUACAUCCCUACAUGUUUACAAUAUUAAGGUUGAAAGUGAAGGAAAACCUGUGACAAACCAAGAAAACUCAGGCCGAUGCUGGCUUUUUGCAGCACUUAAUGUAAUGAGACUGCCUUUUAUGAAGAAAUAUGGUCUUGAUGAGUUUGAGUUCUCCCAGAGCUACCUAUUUUUCUGGGACAAGAUAGAGCGCUCCUACUACUGGUUAAACAACAUCGUCAAUACAGCAAAGCAGGGUGAAACAUUAGAUGGAAGAUUAGUAAACUUCUUACUGAAGGAUCCCAUAAACGACGGCGGUCAGUGGGACAUGAUAGUGAACUUGGUGAAUAAAUAUGGGGUGAUGCCAAAGAAGUGCUUCCCCGAGUCAUUUAGUUCCAGGAAAAGUAUGCAUAUGAAUGCACUGAUUAAGACAAAGUUACGAGAAUUCGCCAAAGAGUUGCGCGAGAAAGUGGCAAACAAAGUCUCUGAUGUGGAGAUACAAGCCACCGUGGACAAGCAGAUUGCUAUCAUUUACCAAAUUGUAGGCACUUGCUUAGGAACACCACAAGAGAAGUUUACCUUUGAAUUCUACAACAAGGAGAAGUCUUACAACAGCCUAGGACCGCUCACUCCGCAAGAGUUUUACAACCAACAUGUAAGGCCGCUCUACAAUGUCGACGACAAAGUAUGUCUGGUAAGCGACCCGAGGGAAUCGAACCCAUUCGGACGUCUCUACACGCUACAGUGCCUGGGCAAUGUGGUCGGCGGUAGGCAGACGGCCUAUAAUAACCAGCCUAUCGAAACACUUAUGAAGGUGGUAAAAGACAGCAUAUCUGGCGGUGAGGCCGUGUGGUUCGGAUGUGAAGUGUCCAAGCGAUUCGAGAGGAAACAUGGUCUUGAAGAUCUAGAUGCACAAGACUACAAGUUGGUGUUCAACACGGAGAUCCAAAUCGGGCUGAAUAAAGCGGACAGGCUGUUGUACGGCGACUCUUGCAUGACGCACGCCAUGGUAUUCACGGCUGUUGGCACCGACGAGGAGGGCAACCCUCGCAAGUUUCGCGUAGAAAACUCCUACAGCGACAAGGAAUAUGACAAGGGUUAUUUAUUGCUCACCGAGCCUUGGUUUCGGGAGUUCGUUUUUGAGGUGGUUGUAGACCGAAAGUAUGUACCGAACGAGGUGCUAGAAGUGUUCAAACAAGAGGCCGCCGUGUUGCCCGCGUGGGACCCAAUGGGUACGCUCGCUUGUCCUCUAUGCUCGCAGGAAUAA